AUGACUUACAUUGAACGGACCAUACCUAAGAUAAGCCUAAAGGAUAAAGACAAGCGAAGAGAGGAGAUCAAGGAGCAACUUUUUUAUGCCGCCAAAAAUAUUGGCUUUUUCACUCUGUGUGAACAGGAUUGUCCAUCGCGAGAAGACAUUGAAGAGAUGUUCCGAUUAUCUCAAAAGUUUUUUGGCCUUUCCCAUGACGUCAAAAUGAAAACACCUCAUAUUAAGUUGCUGAACUCGGGAUUCGAGUCUUGCUCUCAAAUAAGACCUUCGACCGGCACUGCAGAUCAAAAAGAAUCUUUGCAACUACAGUAUCACAGAAUCAAUCAAAACUGGCCAGCUGAAGAAGACGUGGGCAAGGAGUGGAGAGAGAAAACAAAAGCUUUCAUGGAAAAAUGCCAGCAUCUAAGCGACUUUGUGAUGGAGUUAUUUGCCGAGGCUUUAGGAUAUCCUACGGACUUUUUCACAAAAGCCCACAUCAUCAGUUCCGAUACAGCCCAGACGACUUUGAGACUCCUGCACUACUUUGAUACCAGCGGCAAGAAGUUUGACGGGAAUUUCUGGAGAGCAGGACCCCACACGGAUUUUGAUUGUUUGACUCUUUUGUUUCAACGCACUGGCGACCAUGGUCUAGAAGUUUGUCCUGGCCGUGAAGCUCAUACAGAUUUUGGCUACUCAGACAAAUGGACACCCGUUCCAUCAAAAACGGGCGAUAUUGUGAUUAACAUCGGCGAUAUGUUGAUGUCCUGGUCAGACGAUAUUUUGAAAUCUAACUUUCACAGAGUUCGACUUCCCACUCCAGACGAAAACCAAGGAGACCGCUACACCAUUGCAUACUUCAACCAGGCUAAUACAGAUGUUGUCAUUCAGGGACCUCUGAAAAAAUACCCCCCAGUGACCGGAAAAGAAUUUAUUGAAGAGGCUAUGAGGAAAAACUUCGAGAGGCUGCAGAAUGUUACCUAA